CUCGCAUUAUAGAACGGCUCGGCGCUAGAAAGAUUUUGCCAUUUUUAUGAGUGUAAAAGACGUUUUGUCUGAAUCGGAGAGUAAAGAAAAUAAGCUGUCACUAAGGGAAGCUAUGCAGAUAACAAUACUAUCCAUAUUACACACAGCAAUCCAUGUCUCGCUAUGUAUUAUGGGAACGUCAGCUUCCCUUAAGUGCCGAUCAGUCGCUUCAUUUUCCGACCACGCCCUUACGGGAUACACCUACAAGGCAACAUCCGGGAUACGCUUUGAAUCUUGCGUCGCAACAUGUGACGCUGACCCGCACUGUUACAGCUUUAACUACGUCAUUCGCGACAAAACUUGCGAGCUCAGUAACUCUUCGCGCUCGGCCGAUUCAGAGUACUUUGUGCGCAGGUCUGGGGUGGUUUACAUGGACAAACUAACAGAACCCGUGGAGCACUGCAAAACACUUCCAUGCAGAAACAAUGGAACUUGCCAGAAAAUUCAGCGCCAUCCUGGGUUUGAGUGUUUUUGUCAAGAUGAGUACAGAGGGGAAAAAUGCGAAAUUUGCAGUCCUACCGCAUUGGGUCUCGGUGAUAAUAAACUGCCUGAUCAGAAUUUCAACGCCUCCUCCAGCUUACAUCCAUUCAGACCCAGCGACGCUCGCCUGCAUGCAGCUGGUUCGUCUUGGGUCAGCGAUGGUGUCGAAAAGGACAAAUUUCUGCAGAUUAGUUUCCAGCCUCACCCCAGACUCAUCACAAGCGUGGCCACCGAGGGUAGCCCUGGCCAUGAUUGGUGGGUUGUGCUUUAUAAUCUUCAGUACAGCUUGGACGGUGUCACGUGGUUCUACUACGAAAAUGAGAACUCCCCUGGGUCACGAAAGGUUUUUAAUGGUAACCAAGAUAGAAAUAGCGUCGUGACUAACCAGCUUCAUUCCCCUAUAAGAGCACUGUACCUUCGUAUCUCACCCUUGUUCUGGGCUGGAAAGAUCGCGCUACGAGUGGAGAUCUAUGGAUGUAACACCUACAGCUGAUUACUUAGAAGCCAGGAGACAUUUCAACAGUUGGCAGAGUAAUUCAAACUCAGGUUAUUACCACUCAUCAACAACUGUUUCUUGGACUUACGCCAGGUGGAAUAUUUGUUCAUCGACGAAAACAAACUCCUGUGAUUGUAGAAGCGCAAUUAGUUCAGAAAUAGUCUGGGUUGAGGCCACUCUUGAAACCAUGAGCCGCCGAGCUACUUUUGAAGCAAUGCGUGGAAAUACCGGACGGACUUAUCGUUAGAGAUUGGUAAAGAGCGAGCCUCCAACUCUACCUCGUCCAAACCAGCUAACAUAUAAAUCCAAUGUCAAAG